GCGGGUGAUAGUGGUGAAGGAGGAGGACGUCUGCGCGCCUGUUGACAUGAUGGCGUGGGACAAAGAGCGAAAAACGUGACCGCCACCUGUUCCCCCAGCCUUUUCGGGACGCCUGCUCCCGACUGCAUCGUUUUCUUCCCCAGUCGAUAUCCGCGUCCUCCUACGGAAUCUCGACCUCCCCCUCGAUAUCUUCACCCUCCACACACCUUACUCCACCCCACACACCACCCCCUAGCAAUGCUCAACCUCAUCCGCCGCAUUUCCGGGUCGGUCAUCCCCCGCCUGGACAGGCCGUGGCGGGACGACGCCACGUCCAACGCGCCGCAGAUCGGUCGCAAGCGGCGCAACAGCUCGGUCGAGCGCGACGAGGAGGAGGACGAGCGCGCGGCGAAGCGCGCGCGCUCGGAGCUGCCGUCGCGCGAGGCGAGCGAGGCGCCUCCCCCACAGCCACAGCCGGAGACGAAGGAGGUGCGCGAGGUCACGACGGGCGUCAGGCAGAUCGACCUGGCGCCGGAGAACGUACCUCUCCCCGAGAACGUGCCCCUCCCUGAGGAUGCGCCGAGGCCGACGGAGGUGCCACUGCCGGACGACACCGCGAGCGACUUCGAGGAGGCCGGGACGCCGCCGCCCGCGACGCAGGUUGCUGAGGACGUGCCUGUACAGGAGACGGCAGCGGCGCAGGAGGGUGGCGAGCCGAUCGCGGUCGAAACGGACGAGGCGAUCGCGGUCGACACGAACGAGCCGAUCACAGUCGAAGCGAACGAGGCGAUCGAGGCGAAAGCAGUCGAGACGGAAAAAACUGCCGCUGCCAUUCCCGCCGCCGAGCCCAUCCCCGCCACUGCUGUCGAACCCACCGCCGGGUCUACCACCACGGAUGCACACGCAGCGGAGGAGGCGCCGGCACCGAAGCAGACAGAGACCACCGAGCCCAUCACCACGAAGGAGCCCGCGACCGACGACCCCACGAUCACCGCUACUGUGUUCACGCAACCCGACAAGGCUUCCGAGUCAGCAGCCUCACAGUAGCGCUAGCGCUUGCCAUCGCACGGCCCGCCCCUUUCCCACCUCCCUUCCUCUUCCCUUCUUUCUACUCGGUAUACCUCCAGCCACCCGCUUGGCUUUCUGUUGUGUCUUGUUUGUUCUCAGCAACGUGCGCGGGCUGCUUUUGCCUCCGUGUUCCUCACGUUCCUGCCUUCGCGGUCGGAUCGCGUUUGCUUUCCCUUCCUUCCCUCGCGUUCUUGACUUGACUUCCCUUCGGAGGCGGUAUUUAUUCCCUUGUUCUUCCUUCUCUUGCUUACCUACCUACAUACCAAGACUGCCCGUGUGCCUGUUUGCGUAUCUACCUACCAACCACUUACCGAGACUGCCAAAAACUGUACCCACCCACUCUUUGACUUUUUAUGUGUAUCUACUGUGCUUUGACUAUAACAUAAACCCCUCGAGCUAUAUGAGCCUAUCCUCGAGCCUCUAUCGCCUCUACUUACCUGUAAUACGAGGCCGGCUCAAUAUCCGCGA